GAGACAUUUACCAGCUAUAUCUAAACAACACCUAAUGAGCGUGCAUAGGGGCGGAGCUCCCGCACAGGUAGGCGGAAGGUGACGCCUGUGUGUCUGCAGGUGAGCCGCAGUUGAAGAAGACAACGACCAAAAGCUGUCGGAAAUACAACUUGUACACUAAUAUGAUCUAAGGGGACAUUAUCCACCAUGGCGAAUUUAGGAGUAUGCUGUGCCAACCUCAAGGACAACAAAGCCUUGAUGAAGAUGGGGCUGGGGCUGGUGCUGGUGGGCCACGUCAACUUUCUUCUUGGAGCACUGGUGCACGGCGCUGUGCUCAGGCACAUCAACGUGCACUCUCAGGCCCGGACCAUGGUGUACGCCAUCUCUAAUGUCAUUGCUAUUGUGGCAGGCUUGGUGGGAAUUAUUGUUGGAAUAACUGCCAUUGUCCUAUCCAAAAACAAGAGAAACAGGAUCCUGCAGUGGGUCUUGUUGGUCCUAAGCUUCCUAGCAGGUCUGUUGGCGGUCUCCUCCACCCUGGGUUUGUCAGUUUCUAUGGUGAAAGCCAUUAUUAACAAAGGCUGGGGUCUGCUCACACACUGCACGUUUUCUGAAAAAAAUGUCGGCUCUUCCAGCAUCACAUACGAAUGCCCCUUCGAUCCCACUCGUAUCUAUGGGACCACAAUCAUUCUGUGGGUGCCUCUCAUCUUGAUGUCCGUGUUGGAAAUGGUGUUCUCCUUCCGCUGCUUUGCUGCCUGUACUUCCUUCCUUUACCUGUGUCCGUGCAGGAGGAGACCGAUCCAGGCCAAGAGGGUGCGUAUCCACAGAGCUGUUGAAACGCCAUCAUUGCCUCCAACACGAGAUCCAGAGAGCGGUGCUGGUACUGAGCCCGAUGAGGCCGAUGAGCCGGCAGAGCAGGAUGAACUGCUGGACGAGACAGCAGUGGAGCAGAGUGCGUGGCUCUGAAGCAGCGAAACCUAACAAUAGGUUGCAAACUGCCUGGCUUAAGUGAAUAAAAUGCAACAUCGUCUGUGAAGUUGUUGUAUUAAGUGCGUCUGUUACACAUUAAAUGUUUGAGACAUUUGUGGGACUUAAGUCAGCAAAAGCAAUGACAUUUUAUUUCCCUGCGAUAAAUUACUGCAGUUUGAUGGUUAAGUUAUCGGAUUUGUGUUUGUUCUGGGUGUUGUCUUGAAAAUACAGAACGCUGUA